AUGGACUCUACCGGGUUCGCAGCUUUCCCUAUGAAUGUCGACCUCCUCUCCCCCUCGAUUAUGAAGCAGCAGAACAUCAGCUUCUACCCCUCGGUCGCCUUGGCGGUGGCCAAGGAGUUCAGAUCCAUGGUGAGGGGGCUGGGAUACAAGAUGAGCGAAGGCGAGCCCGCGUCGGCAAAGAAACGAAGGGCGAGUGAGUCGGGCAUGAGUGAUCUGCUCGGCAGGCGUACGUUCAGGAUUCUUAAGGUCGUCAUUCCAAAGGAAAACCGUCAGAAGCUCUGGGAAGAAAGCUGUGUGCAGUACGACGGAGAGAUGAUUCUGAUCCCCCUCUUUCUGCUACAGUCCCCGGACUCCAGAUUGGAAAUCGACACUUGGGUGACAACCAUGCACAUCUCCAACGACAACGGCAACUUGGCCUGCAAAGGCCCGGACAUCAAGGUGUGGAACUUCUACAAGUUGGACUCUGCACAGAGGCAGUUCCAAGUGAAAUCGUGCAUCUUGAAAAACUGUGUGGCCAAGUCCAAUAAAAGGAAAGCCAAUCCUGAUGAGCCAGCCGAGCCAUCGUGGGAGCUUUUCUUCGGUGACCCGAACACCGCGACUUUGUGGGGAUUCUGGAUGAGCUUUGGAGUGGAGACAGAUGUGGCCAUCCUGAAGCAGAGCAGCGACGUGAUGCCCGGCUCCGUCGUCCGCACCAACACCCCGAUGAGUGACUACUGCAACAUUCCGAGCGACUGUACAUGGGAAUCCAAUGCCCGUGUGUUGGGGAAGGUCAGCUUCACGGUGGAUAUGCAGACGACUUGGGCCAACUUCCUGCAGUGCAGGACUCACAAAUCCAAGAUUGCUAUCAUGAUGGAUUUGGAUCGGGACAUCCACAUGGCGAAGCGUGAGUUGAGUGCCAUGCAGCGCAAGAGGGCCAAGAUCUCGCGGGAGCUCAGCGAUGUGGAGCGGGCCGGGGUCCCAGGAGAAGAUCCGAACGUUGACGGUGCCGUGGAUGCUGGGUACAGCAGCAGCAACAGUGGUGUUGAGUGA